AUGAAUCGAAAGAAACUGAAAGAAGGUUUCCUGGUCAAAAAGGUAAUAAUUAUUUGGUAAUUAAUAAUCAAUAUCAUACAGUCAUGAUAAUAUAUAAUAGACAUAAUUUAAAUGAAUCAAACUGUUGGGUAUUGAUUCUUAUUCAGCCUUGAAAAGCGUAUAGUUGACCCUCAAAACAAGUGCAUACUAGGAAGUAUCAAGUGCAGUGUUUAACAAUAGCUGAAUAGCAGCUGCAGGUGAUUAUUAAUUAAUUAAUUAAUUAAUUAAUUAGUAAAUAGUUAUUUAGUUCAUUGGUAAGUUAAUUGCAUGCUUACAGUGUUGUGAGUGGGAAACGACAAAACACGGACCCCAGGUCCGUGGACUACCUUCGUGGACCUGGUCCGUGGACUACCUUCGUGGACCACUCUCGUGGACCACUUGCGAGACACCAGAUUUUUGGGGCUUGAAUUCUUGACUGUGCAUGUAAAAAUGUGCUCGAGUCGAGUUCAGUCAUUAUUAUCAUUGUGGAAACUUUACACAAAAUGUGAAGUCACUGUCCUAAAUCCAUUCACUACAUGACCGUUCUAAAAUAUAAGUGUGCAAUUACGACUUUAAUGCAAAGUUUCCGAAUAUAUGCCCUUAAAAUUGGUAGUUUUUUUUCUCGAUCGCUAAAGGAAAUGCAAGAAAAGCAGUAAUCGAGCUUCAAAAAUUAAUAUUUUUGGGAGAGGACCUUCAGGCAUUGAAAGGUCAUUGCAACUUACGACUUCUACAGUUCAAGUGAUUUUUUAACAGUAAAAUUCGAAUAAUUCAGUAAAAUCCUUUGACCACCCCUCCCCUCCAGAUUCUCCACAGUAUUCCUAUAUUUUUUAAUGGAACCCUGACUACAUUUUUUCAGCAUUUUUACAGACUAAUUACUAUUCACUGUUCAUCAACAAAAACUGAAUUGAUUGUGAAAUAAAUAAUGGAAAUGAAUAAUGAAAUAGUUCCCGCCAAUCUCGGCUCCCUAAACUUGGAAUGAUAGUGUUUGGUCUAUUGUUCGGUAUGCGAAAUUUCGCAAGUGGUCCACGGGAGUGGUCCGUGGUCCACGAGUGUAGUCCAUGGACCAGGUCCACAAAGGUAGUCCAUGGACCUGGGGUCCGCGUUUUGUCAUUUCCCGUUGUGAGUAACAUCAUUACACGUAACUAGUUUCAUGUAAUCUUUACUUUUUUUUAAAUUUCUAGAACCACUGAGUAUUUUAAUAAAAUACAAAACAAUUAAGUGUAACUCCAAAAAUCGAUAACAUUUUUAUUUAUCAAAAUGAAUAAAAAUGAAAUAAAUAAAAAUGUUAUCGAUUUUUGGAGUACGUUAUACACUUGUUUUGUAUUUUACUUUUUUAGUAACUGUAAUCUAGUUAUUUUUUGGGAAGGCAAUUUGUAAUUUUCUUCAGUUAUUCUACAGUUCUAUUGUUGCAAAAUUGUCAUCAAGUUAAUUAUAUAGUAAUGCCUGUGUUGUAAAUACUUGUUACAAUAGUAACGCAUUACUAUAAUUACAAAUUAUAUUUUGAGUAAUUUUGUUGGUAAUUAAUUACUUUCUUUACUGAAGUAAUUUAUAAUGUAAUUUAUUAUUAGCAUGACAAAAUUACUGGAUGCUGAUUGGUUGAGAGGAGUACAAUUAUUUCAUUAAUUGUACUGCAGUACAAUUCAAUAAUUGUACUGCAGUACAAUUAAUGAUUUUCUCAAAACAAACAAAAUGGCAGAAAGGUAUUUUAAACACAAAUGUGAAAUGAAAUUGCCGUGGAGGAACUAGAUGAAAAUACAAACAAAAGCAUCAAAUUUUGGUUGAAAGUCUGCCAGGACUGGGCUUUGGCUAGACUUGGAUCUUGAUCCAAGUCUAGGCUUGAUCCAAGUCUAGAUCCAAGUCUACUCUUUGGCGAGAGAAUAUGAUGCGAAUACGAUCCAAGUCUAGGUCCUGAAGUCUAGGCUUUGGCGAGAGAAUACGACUUGAUCCAAUUAAGGCUAGGCUUUGACAAGAGAAUAUGAUGUUGACAUUGAGAUUGAGAAGUACGUAUCCAAUUUUGGCAAAAUUUCCAAACAUCACGAGUACUAUUAAGGCGGAUUUCCAGUCCUCGCACGAAGCUCCUCGCAGCUUGCUGCGAGUGAUGCAUGAGCACUUUCAUCCAAUCACAAUGCUUAAGAGUUAAUUUUAAUUAGAUGCACUGCGAGGAGCUUUGUGCGAGGACUGGAAAACCGCCUUUAAUCCCUAAUUGUACGAGCAACAUCACAUGAUUACCUAUACUAAUUACAUUUAUUGAAAGUAACAAGUAAAAUUUUCUUACAAUAACGUCACAUUACUUUUCAAUUUUACUUCAAUCUCUCACAACAUUCAUUGCACAUAAUCUAAAAAGUAGUAAAACGUUUUUCUAGGCUACAGUACCUGCCUUAAGAAUUAGUGAACUACUACGAAUACGAUGUUUACAAAAUACAAAAUUGAAAUAUCAAAUAAGCCUGCAAUAUGUGAAAUAUGCAGCUUGAGCUUUCACCAUUACUUCAUGUAUUGAUAUGGUUAAGUAUACUGUAUUAUGUCUUUUUCAAUUUCUCGCCAAUUUUGUGCGAAAUGAUUUAAAUACAAAAAGUAAAAUGAAAAGUAAUUUUGAAAGUAAUUGGUGAUAAAUUAUUUACUUUUCGAAAAGUAAUUAGUACUUGGUAAUUAAUUACUUUUUCUACUAAAGUAAUUUGUAAUCUAAUCAAUUACUUUUUAGGAGAAUUAGUAAUUGUAAUUUCUACUCAUUACUUUUUUCAGUAAUUUUUACAACACUGACUGUAAUGCGCGCUGCAUAACUGCAUGCAGAACCGAAGGCAUUUUGGGAGACACCCUUCGACACAUUUUAUAAGUUCACUUGUUUGUCCAAGAUAUUCCAAAUUAUAAUAUGGAGUUUGCAAGUGAAGGAAGACCUGUCUGUACAAAUGAUUAAACGUUAUAUUCUUGUUAAACUCUCAUUGUUGGAUUAUCCAAGAGCGAUGAAGGUGGCUGAUUUGCCUACCACCCCAACAAUAUGUCAUGUCAGAGUUUCCUUGGAUAUAGACCCGCAACUUCUUGAGAGGAAUAUAUACAAAUAUAAAUACUGAGAUUAAACAAACUUAAUAUAGAAACAUGAGGGUUAAGAAACCUAAUCAACAUAUUAUGCAAAUAGCAGUUUGUAAUUCUCAUGCAUCUGAAAGGUAGUUAUCAUGGGCCUUCAUGGCGAGGUAAAUUACUGGUGGUAUUGUAGGCCUCUAACAUCCGCUUAUUUCUUUGUACUAGCUAUAUUAAUUGCAAAAUUUAUAUUCAUUUUGCCUUUCAUUUGGAAAUUUUGAGCACAGAGUCACAUAUUUUUGAAACACAACCUGCUAUUUAUUAUAAUGUUAUUUAAUUAUUAAUAAAACACUGAAAGUACAAAAUCAUGCUGGGAGACUAGCUCUUAAGUCCUUUUAGCGAUCAGUUUGCUAUAUUUUACACCUGUCCCAGAAAACUUAUAUUCCAUGCUCGUACACUGAGAACUGAGGUGCAUGCAUGGUUUCUGUAUUAAAUUUCAAAUGUUUUUGUCUGAUGCUGUAGGGAUAUGUACGUCACAACUGGAAAACAAGAUGGUUUAUUUUAUUUGAUGAUGCUCUAUGUUACUAUAAGAAGAAAGAGGUAAGACAAAACAUAAUCUGCAUGUAUUCUGAAAACUAAUGUUUCAAAUAGAAUAUUAUGUAGAAGAGUUAAUUUCAUUAACUUUAUUUACUGAGGGUAACACAUGACAGUAAGUGUGAGCUGCUAAUAAAUUAGAGGCCCUCGAACAUUGUUCGUCAGGCUUCUGGGUGAAUGUUUCAUAAUUCGAUCCUAGCAAACCAGCAUUUGUAGUGUCAUGAUCACCAUGCUUGCCUUUCAACCCGGGUUCAAUCCUUGAUUGAACAUCUACUCAAGGUCUUGAAAUAAUUGAGGAGAAAGGGCUUAAACUUUACAUUGAUAUCAGAGUAAAUUGUUAGACUUUCACAUCUUCUCGGAUAAGGACAUUAAAUCGUAAGUAUCUCGGAUUCCCUAUCAAUUGGGCAAUUAAUAGCUAGCCUGUUGGGUAAUUCUGCUCACCAGUGAGUGAGAAACUCAAUAAACUCAAAACUCCUAUUUCAACGUUUUCCCUAUACCACAAUUGUAAUCGUAGUUUUUUUUCUUAAUUGAGUUCCUCAGCUGAUGUCUUUUUGUUAAUAUAUAUUAAGGAAGAUUCCAUACAUGAAAUAUGGAAUCCAUUCCAUUUUGGAAAUUAUUGAUGAAAACUGUAUCAGCAGAAGGUUUAUGCUCUACAACACACGAACUACAAGUCUACAAUAUUUUGCAAAACUGAUCUCACAAAUUGAUUAUUGCAUUGCGUAUACCUAAUGUGUUGAUGGAUUGAAAAUUGUGUGACGUAAGCACUUCUAAAAUCUAAGGAGAUACAGUAGGUAAUCGUCGAGUUAAGCCCUUUUAGAAUUAAGCCUCGACCACGCCCAAACCACACGCAUAACUCGAAGUCAUUGAAAAUAUUCGACGCUCGAGUUAAGCCCCAACAUCUGAGGCAUGUAAAAGAGCAAUGAUUUGAGUCGUCCACAAUCUAGUUGGAAAUAGUUAUCAUACGUCUCGGCCUAAAUAAGCUGCAGCCUAAAUGAGUCACGAACAACUCGUAUAAACAGUCAAUUUUCAUUAAGUAACAGAUUGUUUUGGACUAGCUUUUAAUUUAUACUGUACCUCUGAGCUUAUUACGAAUAAAUUGACCUGUUACGCGAAAUAAAGCCGCGAGGUCAAUUUAUUCGUAAUAAGCUCAGUCUCAGAAAUAACCUGUUACUUAAUGAAACGUGACUGUUUAUACGAGUUGGUUGUGAUUCAUUUCCAGCUAGAUUGUGGACGACUCAAAUCAUUGCUCUUUUUUACAUGCCCUAAAUGUCGGGGCUUAACUCGAGCGUCAAAUAUUUUCAAUGACUUUGAGUUAAGUCCCCCUUUUUUCACGAGGCUUAACUCAAACUUUCCAACUUGUGUUUCUUUCUUCGAGUUAAGCCCUUGACGAAAAUGGGUGUGGUUUGGGCGUGGUCGCGGCUUAAUUCGAAAAGGGCUUAACUCGAAGGACUUAAUUCGAAGAUUAUCUACCUCAUUCUAUUGUAUUUUAUUCAAUUUAUUGCGUGCACUUUUAUUCAAUGGCAAGAAACAAAAUCUGAUUCUAGGACCAUCAGCUCAUUGCGUUUUUUGUCCCUUAAUUGUUUCGUAACCAUCAGCUCAAUUAUUUUCAUAAAAACCGUUUAAUUCUUUUGAAUUAUCAUGCAGUCAGACAAUGUAAAAACAAUCCUAUAGCCUGGUGGCAACUUCGAGUAGUCUUGGCGAAUUGUUGUUUUACCGGGUACUAUUUUAAGUUGCAAAGAAGCAUUCCGUAACAUGUAAAUUAACUACAAAUGUUAGACACUUAGAGGGUGGUUAGUCGUGAUAGCCAACGUUUGUUGUCGUGAAAUGACGGAUUUUUGUGUCGUGAAACGUCAUUUACAUGCCUGACAGUGAUCCGUGAUUGCAUUGCCGCUAAUUUCUGUCCGGAAAAUGAGAAUUUAUUUCAUGCCGGCAGAACAAAGACUGGACGAGUAGUAAGAAGUGCACAAUUUUACCGUGCAUGAAUAUGUAUUCUUGAUUUUUACUAAAUAUAUCGUUUGGUUUUAGAAAUGCCUUUCAAGGUUGAGCUUUUAGUGCCAGUGGUGAAAUUUAUUAGUUUCGAAAACGUAAAAAUAGGCAUUAAGAAGAUAUUAUAAACACUCAAGAUAGAAAAUAAAAUUGACACAGUUAAAAACCUGCAUUUUAAUUUUCGUGUUGCUGUUUUAUCUUCACGUUUCACGUGAAACGUUAUCCGAACUCCCCCCCCCCCUUACCAUGCACCCGCAUGAUACUGACCCGUUACAAUAAAUACAGUAUUACCGGGUUAGCACAAGCCAAAAGUGUCUAUUUUCAUAUCUUUUGUUUCAAGGAUACAAUAUGUGCAGGCGAGGUUCAGCUUCGUGGAUGUUCCUUAGUGUCACCCUGUCCUGACUACACCAAGAAACUCGUAAGUUGACCGAUGUACUGUAUGUUGACUUAUUGCAUUUUGAAACUUUGCCAUGCAUGGGAUUUCGUAAGAUCCUUUGCCGUUAAAGCUGGUUUACACUGUCAAAGUUUCUGUGAUCACAGUAGGAAUUUUGCGUAGAUAAAUUCUAAGUUUUGAAGGAUUUGUAAGAAAUGUUUGAGGGAACUGCCUCAAUGUUAAAAAGUGAAUUAUUUUUUUUAUCUGAUUUGGCUCAGAGAGUUAAAGCUUAAUUAAACUUGCACUUUAUAAUAUAUUUUACGAAUUCUUAACAAUUUUGGACAAGAAUUUGUUUAUAUUGCAUCAUUUGCAUACACUUAGAAUUUUGUAUCAGGCUCUAUUUUACUGAUCGCAGGGUUUAGCCCUUUCCUUGAGUCAGAACAACAACGUAAAGCUACAGCUGUAAUAUGAAGUUGUGUAUACUAAUAUUCAUUUCAAAACGGUUUAUGAAGGCAAAUAUUCAUGCUUAUAAUUAUUGGAACUUUUUAGUUUGUGUUUAGAUUGAUAAGUAGUAAUGGCCGAGAAUAUUUAAUACAAGCUGCAAGCGAGGGAGAACUACAACUUUGGUCUGCUAGUAUUGCUUCUGUGAUACGAGAAACAGAAUCUAAAGAAAGGGUAAAUUUGAAUACUGUUAACGAUGCGGUACAGUCACCGCUAAUCUUACAUUGUCAAGGUAGUGGGCUCAGGCUUUGAAAGAACAGAACCUACGUUUGUAUCACGAGCUGGAGACUCAAAUGUACGCAUGCGCAGAACGGAUUGUACCGCAUCCUUAACUCUUGACCGUCGAACAUUGUCGGUUUAAAGAAAUGGCACUGCAUGGUGUAAAUACAUUGUUUUAACUAGAGUAUUUACCUUCUCACUUACAUGUUCUUUUCUAACAUAUGAACUUUUCUUAGAAUCAUUCGAUUACACUUUAAUUAUAGUUGCUUCAAAACGCUUAAUUGAACUAUUUAAGAUUUAGACCACACUUAAAAUAGUCCUACACUGAAGGCAUUGGCCGCCGUGAUGAAUAUGAAACUCUGAGGAACAUUUCUCGUCAGCCAAUGUUUUUCCCGGUUAGGGCACAUGUUUUUCCGUCUAUUGGCCUGGGAAAAGUUCCAAUUUGUUUUGGACACACAACAUCGUGCCCAGGUCUCUAAUCUGCUUUUAUUCAAGCUAUGUCCGACACGCCCAAUAUCAUACGUUACAGUUGAAGUUUCCAUGUCCACGUUUUUAUGUCGGUAUCUGCGUGGCCGUGUUUCCACAACCAGAUACACUGACGUCUACGUCCGUACGUCGAUUUGCUACCACCUAUGCUAAUUAGAUGGAAUGUGUGAAGUCUAAAAUCUUAUUACUCGUACGUUCUUCCACGAAUUGUUUUUGAUCUGAAAUGAGAUUUUAUCACACUACUCUACUCUGUAAUUAGAUACAUGAGCGCAGAUUAAAAGUCCUGUGUGGGUACGAGGUUGGUGUUACGGUUGUGUGCUAUUCACUGUAAGGCUACUGAAAUAUCAUCAACAUUUAAUAUUUUUCUAGUCAGAACGAAAGUCAAAAAGUAAUGAAAACAUUCAUCAAAUUGAAGAGAGUUCCGAACUCACAGUGAAACUGCCUUUACCAAGCUUUGCGUAAGUUUUCACUACAAAACGUUUGUUUUGACAUUGCCAUAUUGCUUGCAUUUUUACAUGGGAACGAGGUUGGCAUUUUUAUUGGACAUCAACCGCAAAAUGAGAGUUUUCUUGAUCCUUCAUUCUUUACGUGGGAUUCUGUGCACUCUACACGUCACGUACUCACUCCUGCAUAGUGCAUGUAAAUUAAAAAAACAAAAAAACUUUUUACGAAACAAACAUACCCAAAAUGAACAUUUUGAGUAUAAAUUAUUACACUCUAAAUCAAGUAACGUUUAUGACUAACAAUCAUAAAUUCUGUGUCAUUUGAAGUUGUUGAGUUGAACUAGUUUGGUUUUAGUGAACUAGUACAAGCGAUGCAAGAUAAAGAUGCAGGGAUUGCUUUAGAAACACACGAAGUACAAGAUAAUAAAGUUUACAGACACUGCUUUAGUGGUACGUAUAACAAGGAACUGAAUAUAACUAAAAAUGCUAGAUGCGCGACCAGGAGUGUUUAAAUAAAUUUUGCAAUCAGAGAACGUUUCAGAAACUUUAUAUAUACUGUUCUGGUUAAACGAGGAUGAGAGUUUGUGCGAUCUGGCAAGCGUGAAUUUGCAUGAGAGUUUUCUCAAUUCUCGUGUCCUGGUCAAACAAGAACGAGAAUUGCAUGAGGGUUGACCACAUAUUGCCGCACCUUGGAAAAACUCUCAUCAAAAUGUGAAGCAGCUCAAAGUUAAUGAGAGUUGCAAGUCUAAUCAAAUUGUAGAUAGGUUUUGUAGGUGGAAAUUUCGAGAGUGAAUUUUAUACAUUUAUUAGACCAAGCCAGGAGCGAAAUAUGCAACUAUAGACCCUCUGGCAGGAAUCGAACCCAGAGACGGAUUUUCAUAUUUUCGUUCGGGGGGUGGAUAAAUAUCUGGGGGGGGGGGGGGGUUGCUUUGGCCGGGGCGUGGUGGCAACGCCCGGAAAAGCCAAGGAAAAAGUUUAACAAAAUUUGUUUUCUAGGCCUGCAUGGCGAGAUCUGAGACCAUAAUAUUGGUAAUUUACAAAUUUAGUAGUAAGAAUAAUCAAAUAUGAAACUAUCAAAUCAAAAUAGAUGUAAUUUGGGUGUGUGUCAAAUGCCUUUGGGGGGGGGGGGUGCACCCCCCCCCCAGAAAAUUACAUCGGCUUAGCUAUAGGUCUGUGCCAUAGCUAGGAUUUGGCUGGUAUAGGUGGCCCUGUGGCAGAAUAUUUCAUUUGUCAGAUCAAUAUUUUCCUUCAAAAUAACCUUGGCGCUUGCUUUGUGAAUUGAUUUAGGAAGAAAAAAAAUGUGGGUUUCCGGGUUCUUCUUAUAAAAACUUAGGUAGGGUAGGUCGGUUUUAACUUUUUUUUUAAACUUUUUUUUCAAUUUUCCUAACAACCGUACGCCAUUUUGUUUAGUCAAUGCUUCCACAUCCAAAGAUAAAUUUCUCUAAUAUUGCCUCAAAUUUCGAUUUUCCACAAACUUUUUCCUCUAAGUGGAAACCCUUACAAGCAUGAUCCAAUAAAAAAGUUUAGGGUCAGGAUUUCGACGUCCAAAAGCUAGGUAGGGUCUGGAAUCCGGAAACCCACAUUUUUUUGCCUUAUGUAUAACAUAUAGAAUACCCUGCAAGCGACAUUCAAUAUAUUUAUCCUUUAGUGUUUUUAUUGUGUGUAUGUGUCAUUCUUCAAAAGAUUGACUAUAUGGAUCUCAUUUGCAGGGUAUUUUAUAGUUAUUCCUUGAUUUAUCCAAAUCAAUUGCGAUAUCCAAAUUUACACAUAAUAAGGCAAAAAUAUGGAAGAACAUAUGAUUCCAAUUCCAAUAGAGUAUGUCCUUCACACCUUUUCAAACAUUCAAAUGAUCUUUGCCAAAAGGUUGGUAACUAUUGCACACUCACUCCUUUCAUAAACCAUCUCAACUCCAAGACUUAAGGCCCUGUCACACGGUGCAAUUUUUCAUGCCACUUGUCUCGCAAUGGCAUUGCAUCGUUGUCAUUGCACUGUUUAACAUGCCUUGCAAUGGUCAAAAUCUUUGCGAGACAAGUUACAUGAAGCAUUGCACAGAGUAGAAGUCGGUUAUACUUUUGGCAAUGAUUGCACUAAUUAUUUUUAGCAUUGCAGCGUGUAACAUGGCUUCGUGCAACUUGUCUUGCAAGGUUUAUAGCUUGGAGACAGUGGCGUAACUACUAUGGGCUCGGACUAGGCGAACCCGGGGGCCCCCAACCCCAAUGGGCUAAAUGGGGGCCCCCAGGCUGUCAGGCUGUAGAGUAAAAACAUUGGCUAGGGCCUCUGAUAUGUCACAAUGUCGUUUUCUGACCAUCAGAAUUCUGUAAAAUCUCUCCCCAAAGUCCGGGAAAUGGCAUUUCAGAGAGUCUAGAUUCAAAAAUUUUCUGGGCGAGCAUGCCCUGGACCCCUAGAAAACUUGUGCAUAUACGACGCUCAACUCGUGCCUUUGGUACUUCUGGGGGGGGGGGGCUUCGAAAAUUUUGAACCAGGGGCCCCCUGAUAUAACGUUAUGCCACUGCUUGGAGAGUUCCUAUUGGCUCUCCCCAGUACACGCUUUACUUUAAUUAAAAUUUGGCGCCAAAUAGUGCCUCUCCCUAGUCUCUUCGCAUGCCUCUGUCCCCUAUCAUUGCGAGUUGCAUGAAAAUCAUUGCAGCGUGUAACACCUCGUGCAAUGCAUUAUCAAAAUCUUUUUUAAACAUUGCGAGACAAGUUGCAUGAAAAAUUGCACCGUGUAACAGGACCUUUAAGGGUAACUAAAGCAUAGGGCUGUGACUUUAUUUCAUCUCACCAGAUUCCUCUACAAGUGCAAGAGUUGUGGUUGUAUUUUAUUACGGAACAUGCAAUGGAAUGCAAUUAAAAACCACAGAAAAACACAUACGUAGGCGUGCACUUGAACAGAAAAGGACAACAGUGCAACAGUGGCGGAAAAUAACUUUUUCUGGUGGGGGGGGCAAAGCCUCCUAAAUUUCCGACAAUACUUUCAAAUUCCCCCCCCCCCCCAUUUGCACUCGAAAAGACUGUUUUUAGCCCUCUUUUAGGUCAAAAUUUCCGAAAAUUCGUCAAUUUUCCGUGAAGGUGGUGGUAGCCCCCCCCCCCCCCCCCGCCUCACCAAGAUUUCUGCCACUGCAGUGCAACACUCUGAAACUAAUCGCUCCUGGCUUGCAUUCACUGCUUUAUUGAAGCGAUUGUAAAGUUUUGAAACUCUAUUAUUUCCCUGAAUAGAGUUUGCAGUACCUUGUCAUGCGAAUAGCUUGCACGCAAGGAACGUUUGGAAUUUUUACGAACAUUAUUUUUAGUUUUUAGGAAAUAGACUUGCCUAGAUUUAAUCUUUACGCCCCAAAUAUUAUUUACAUCGGAUUCGGGAGAUUGUUCAAUGCAAAUAAUUAUCACAUUUGUUGCAAUGGUUGCGUGAUGACGUUUCUACUUUCUAGGCAGGUUGUUGACGUUGCUACACUGUUGUUUGUACAAUAACAAUCUAAUUAUCACCACAUAAGAUGUAGUGCACUAGUGCCACCGGCGCAAGCGGAUAACGCGCAAAAUACCGUAUGCUGUAUAUCAAUUAUGUACCGUACAGUAUGCUAGUUCAUACUAGUAUUUCAAGUUGCAUAAUAAAUUGUACUCGGAUUCAAACAACACAAUGUCAAUGACUUAUACAAAUACAAUAAAAAGCAUAUUGUGUAUUGGGUUUACACUUUUACAGGUUCAUUUAACUUUAAGUCUUUAACUCUCUCAAGUCUCAACAGACAAUCGGACAUGCCAAACCCGUUGAUAUGACAACUUCAAAAAACUUUUUUUCGAAGCUAGAAAUCAUGAUUUUUUUCAAAUGUUUCCUGGGACACUUUGUUUUCUGCUCUCUAGCCUCCCCCUCGCGGCUCUAGUGCUCCACUCCUAGAAUAUAGACCUUACUGGGGUUUGGUGACUCUUUGUGUUGCUUCAGUCACCUGCUCACGGCUCACCCCCCUAAAAUUGCUGGCACCACCCCAGUAAAAAAUAAUAUGAAAAUUCGUCUAUGAUCUACAUGGAAUAAUUCAUGCAAAAGUGUUGUUCAAGAAUUUAUUUUGGUGUUGAUUUAUUCUUAAUUUACGUGUUUUGGCAAGAAAAGGAACAUUUAGAAUAUUCAGAGCAACCAAAAGCCAUAUUUUGUAAAAAUGGAAGGAAGGUUAUAUUUUAUUUUUGGCAAAUUAGUCAUGACUUGCAUUACUGUUGUCAGCGCUAUGCACGCCAAUGCAACAGGUAGCAACCAAAAAAGGCAGUUGAAAACAGCAAGUGUAAAUGUUUUAAAAGCAUUUUAAAAACAAACUUAACAAUAAUUAAAAGCAUGCAAUGUUAGCUGUGUAAAUUAGAAAGAGUGCAUGUUGAAAAUGUUAAAACAUGAAAAUAUAAAUGGGUCAUAAAUAAAGUGAUCACUUGUUGGUAAAUGUUCUAUUACUAAGAUUAUACUCCUAUAAUUGUAGGUUCUUUGAAAGCUGCUUCAUGGACUUUAUAGUUAUCAUUCCAAUUGUUUUGUUUUAUUCAUAGAUUAAGGAGAAAUACUUCGAUAAUGGGCUGAAAAAUCACCUUGCUUCAGAUUAUUACUAUGCUGGAAUGAUUGCUGCUAUUUCUCUAAUACAAAAUGGCCCAGUUCCUCGCUACUUUUCAGAAGAACAACUUGAUCAGAUCUUUGUACAGAAUGGCCCUUGCGCCUCCGAGUGUGUUUUGGAAUUUCGACGUGGUUUGGAUCGGUUGGGAGUAUACGAAUUUGCUCAACAUUUCAACCAGUUCAUCAGUAUUUUUCGUUAUCAUCAGGAGAGGCUUACUGUCAGAGGUCUUAUUCAGUUGUUGCAACCCCAAUUCUCAGAGGAGGGCACCAACAAGCUACAAUUCGAAAAAAUGGUUUAUAACAAAUUCAUUAAGUACGUAAGAGAGGCAGCUGCUGGUCGUCGUAUUGCAACGCUUGAAGAUAUUCUUAUUUUUGUCACAUGUGCGGAUGAGAUUCCAAUCUUGGGAUUUGGAAAGCAACCAUUUAUAUCAUUUCAUGAGGUUUCACUUCCAGAAAUAGAAAGCAAGGAACAAGCUCUGGAUGACAAGGUUUCGAUAGAAUUAGUGACUAUUCGAAUUCUAUAUGCUAGCCACCACAAUGUUACUCGUUAAUUUAUACUGUGUCUGUGUUUUUAUAGGAUGUUGACAAAAGAAACGGCAGACCUGAUUUUAUUCCAAAGGCAAAUACAUGUUCCAAUUCGUUGAAUCUACCUCGUCCGAACAUGGUUUUAUCUUUACCCACAGACGAAGAACUAUUUGAGAAAUAUGAUUUGGCAUUCAAGAACAAUCACUUUGGCAACCCAUAG